CGCCGGCGCAACGUUUAGUUUCGUUUCUGGAGAGGGAAGUGCCAGGAAGCCGAAAAUGGUCCACGGUGAAGCUUUUUCUCGCCCCCUGAGUCGCAAUGAAGUUGUCGGCCUGAUCUUCCGCUUGACCGUAUUUGGGGCCGUCACCUAUUUCACCAUUAAAUGGAUGGUGGAUGCCAUAGAUCCCACCAGGAAGCAGAAAGUGGAAGCCCAGAAACAGGCGGAGAAGCUGAUGCGGCAGAUUGGAGUGAAGGAUGUGAAGCUUACGGAGUAUGAGAUGAGCAUUGCUGCACAUUUGGUGGAUCCUCUCAGCAUGUUGGUAACGUGGAGUGACAUCGCUGGUUUGGAUGAUGUCAUCACUGACCUUAAAGACACAGUGAUCCUGCCAAUAAGGAAGAGAUAUCUGUUUGAAAACUCCAGGCUUCUGCAGCCCCCAAAAGGGGUACUUCUAUAUGGCCCUCCUGGAUGCGGGAAGACUUUGAUUGCCAAAGCCACAGCCAAGGAAGCCGGAUGCCGUUUCAUUAACUUGCAGCCGUCCACUCUGACUGACAAGUGGUACGGAGAGUCCCAGAAACUCGCUGCUGCUGUUUUCUCCCUCGCUGUGAAACUCCAGCCCUCCAUCAUUUUCAUUGAUGAAAUAGAUUCUUUUCUCCGAAACCGUUCAAGCUCUGACCAUGAGGCAACAGCAAUGAUGAAAGCUCAGUUCAUGAGUCUUUGGGAUGGACUUGACACCGACUACAACUGCCAGGUGAUCGUCAUGGGUGCAACCAAUCGGCCUCAAGAUCUCGACACGGCAAUAAUGAGGAGAAUGCCCACCAGGUUCCAUAUUAACCUGCCAUCCACGAAACAGCGGGAGGCAAUCCUUGACCUCAUUUUAAGGAAUGAAAGGGUGGACAGCCACGUGGAUUUGCAGGAAGUCGCACGCAGCAGUGAUGGUUUUUCUGGCAGUGAUCUAAAGGAAAUGUGCAGAGAUGCAGCCCUGCUGUGCGUUCGGGAUAGUGUGACUGGAUACUCGGAGGAAAGUCCUUGCGAGGCGAUCCGGCCGAUAAAGCAGCAGGAUUUGCUGAAGGCCAUCAAUAAAAUGAAAAAGUCCAAGAAUGCAACAAACCAGGGUGUUCUCAUGCACGUCGCCUUGGACUAGCGGCCCAUUCCCUCACAUGCAUCUAAGUGGCACUAGCCAGCUGGGGGACAGGGGGCGUCUUCUGCAAAAUGGAGUCUGACCUCCUGCACCCCCACCUUUUUUUUUUUUUCUUUUUUUUAUGAACUCAAACCACAUUUCCAGCAAAACAAGCUCCUGACAGCCAACUGUGAAGUGUAGCCAAUGAUAAAUUGGAACUGGUCUGUA